AGAGUAAGCUUCAACUUGGUGAAUCACUAGGGUGGACAGAACAGCUCCGUGGAUGGAGAAUCGCUGCUGCAACAUGAGGUCUUUGUGUUUGAACUUUGCCAUCACCUGUCUGUGGAUCCUUCCUUCAGCGGUCCAAGACACACCCAAGCCUCUAGUCUUUAAGAAUGCACAGUGGGGACAUGAGGAGGUGGGAGGAGAAGAUGCUGAAGGAGCAGCUCUGAAGGUUAAACAUGCUUCCAAAGAUUUACAGAUCAUCUCCACCAAACACAAAACCCCUGCUUAUGGCUCGCUCAGCCCCUAUGGAUGGCCUCAGAACUUUUCACAAGCCCCUGACCAGUAUCUGUACCGCCCUCCUCCAAAAUCCAAACCUCCUGCUAAAACAUCUACAAAGGCCAAGAAGAUCCUGGGCUGGGGAGAUUUUUACUUCAACGUGAAAACAGUGAAGUUCAGCCUCCUUGUUACAGGAAAAAUUGUGGAUCACAUCAAUGGAACAUUUAGUGUCUACUUUCGCCACAACUCAUCCCGUCUGGGGAAUAUAUCAGUCAGCAUUGUUCCUCCUUCCAAAGCUGUAGGAUGGGAGAUUCUGGAUCCUGCAUCUGAGAAGAGUCACACCAAAAACUCUGUCCUGUUUCCAGAUCUGACAUCCCAGCUUCAAAGCCCUCCUCAGUCCACCAGCUCCACUCCUUCAGAACAGCAGAAACAUCAGCGGGACAUGAUGAUGGUGACUGAACUUAACUGCCGCAUUGAGUACCAGAGAACCAACCGGUCCAAGAAGACCAAACCUUGCAUGUAUGACCCAGGCCAGACCUGCUACUCAGAAAACACCCAGUCCCAAGCAGCUUGGAUCUGUGCCAAACCCUUUAAGGUUAUAUGCAUAUUCAUUGCCUUCACUGGCACGGAUUACCGGCUGGUGCAGAAGGUUUGUCCAGAUCGCAACUUUCAGACUGAACCAAACCAACAGCACCUUGGAUGAUGCAUUCAGGGAUCCUGGGACUGAGCAAGUGAACUGUUCAUUCAUCCUUCAUACAGGCUUCAAAAUGAUUAAUUCACUUUUCAAUAUAGAUUAAAGAUUGACUGCUUUAAGCACAUUUUUAACUUAGAAACUAGUUUUUAUCUGGUUUGUAGUUGCAGUUUGAGCUGGAACUGUGGUAAUAGCAGUGUUUUAAAGCAUGAGCUUUAUGUUGUCUGUAGCUGCUCUCAUUGGUGAAAACGUGACACGUCUUAUUUUCUGUAGUGCUUUUUACUUUGUGGGUUUUCAAACAAAAUUUGAUAAGAUAUACUGUCGAUUUCUAUAGUCAGUGAUAAUUUCUUAGCUUAGCAAUAUAACUAAAUACUGUACAUAUUUAGACAUAAAAUGUAG